AUGAGCUUCUCCCGCGGCCCCUCUUUCAAGAAGGAGCAUCUUUGGAUGUAUCUGCAGACGCUCGGCUUCGAGCCGGGCCCAGCCGCCACGGCCUGCGGGAAGGUGGCGUCGCACGCGCACCUCGGAGUGAACAUGUUUGACAAGCCAAACCGUGAUGCCUUUCAAAUAGUGUCUUAUUUCUUGUUUCAAACGCUGGACCAGUCUCUUACCAAAGAAGUUUUCAAAGUUUGUUGGCCUCCAUUUGACCAAAAAAGUGAUACUGAAUUCCGGAAACUUUGCUGUGAAUGGUUAAAAAAAAUUUCUGUGGAAUGUGGAAAUAACUUUCCUCAAGUUGUUGGUUCACUAUUUCUUUCUCCUGGUGGUCCUAAGUUUAUUCACCUGAUGUAUCAUUUUGCAAGAUUUGUAGCAAUAAAAUAUAUAAAAACGUCCAAAAAUUCAUUCAAACAUGUUGCAGAGACAUUUAAUUCAAAGCCACAAGAUUUACACAUGUGCAUUGCCAGGUCCCAUGUAGCACGUAACAGAUUUUUACAGAUUUUACAAAGAGAAGAUUUUGUUUUCCAGAAGUAUCAAGAAAAUUCACAAUUAUUAGAUGAAGAAGUACAAAAUUUGAGAUCAGAAUAUAUAGGACUGCAAAACCAAAUAAAAAACAUGGAACCUUAUGAUGACCAAAGUGAUAUACAAGAAAAAAUUCAAAAGGUUCGGUCUUUGUGGGCUUCAGUGAAUGAAACACUCCUGUUUUUGGAAGAAGAAAGAGAAAUUGUUAAUUCAGUCCUUAGUCUUGCUAACCAAUAUACUUUAGAUGGAACUAAUGUUGCUAUCAAUGUUCCAAGGCUCUUACUUGAUAAAAUUGAGAAACAAAUGUGUCAGUUACACAUAGGAAAUGUUUAUGAGACUGGGAAAUUGAACCUGUUGACAGUUAUUCAGUUAUUAAAUGAAGUCUUGAAAAUAAUGAAAUAUGAAUGUUGUCAGGCUGACCAAGCAAAACUGACAAUGGACCUUUGCUUCCUUGAAAAAGAGACCAAAUUACAGAGAGAAAGAUUAUUGGAUCUGCAGCAUAUGAGGCAUAAAUUAGAAGAAGAUCUUACAACUGUAAAACAUUCUAUUGUUGAAAAACAAGGAAAAUGGCAUAAAAAGUGGAAAGAAUUUCUUGGUUUGUCUCCUUUUAAUCUAAUUAAAGGUUGGACUCCAGCUGUGGAUCUUUUACCACCUAUGUCUCCCCUUUCCUUUGAUCCUGCCUCCGAGGAAGUAUAUGCAAAAAGUAUUCUUUUGCAGUAUCCUGCUUCACUUCCAGAUACACCCAAACAGCAUAACCAGGAAAAUGAUUGUAGAAGAGCCAGUGAUAUACUGGGAACUGUAUAUGAUUUAACCAACAGCCCUGCUUCUUCCCUGUUUCAUCCAGUUUCAUCAGAUAGAAACAGUGUUACAAUAUUUGAAAAGGACAUGAAGAUUGGAACAUCUAGAGAAAAAACUGAAACAAUUUCUAAGAAAACAUCAGAGUGUGAAGGAGAAGACUUUCCACCGUCAUAUAUUGCAAAGAAAACAGAGAGUAGUGCAUUAGGAGGGCCUCUGCCGGUUAAAAAAAUUGAUCCAUUCCAGAAAGAGCAAGAUCACUUGGCAGAGGAGGUUGUGAGGACAGUAUUAUCUGAUUCACCACAGCCCUCUACAGGAAAAGAAGUAAAAUUAGAGGAACUGAUUGACUGUCUAGUUUCUAACCCAUUCUUAACUAGGAAGCAAAUUCCCCGAACUCCAGAAAACUUGAUCAGUGAUAUUAGGAACUCAUGGAGAAAAGCUGUUAAAAUAGAAGAUAACAGAAGUACAGAAUCAAUUCAAAUGGAUACUGAACAUACAGAAGGUUUUAAGGAUAUUGAUUUUGGCAUAUUACAUGAAACUCUUCCAGAAGAUGUUGGUCGUUUAAGUCUUAAUAGCUCCAAUAGUACAGAGGCUAAUUUUAAACUGGAUCCAAAUAGCCCUAUGCCCAGUAGCAUUUUCCCAGAAGAUGUUGUGGGAGAAAGACAGACUACUCCAAAAUCAGACUCCCAUGUACAGGCUAUUUACAGUAGAUAUGAGGCUCUGAAAAAAUCUUUUAUAAAGAAAAAGGAAGAAACUUACCACUUUAAUUCUGAAAUAUCUGAAAGAUACAAACUAGAAUUGAGCCCUGCUCCUCAAACCAUGCAAACAGAUGAUAUGCUUAACCUUCUGGACACUCAAAAUUUGCAUUCUGAUUAUACAAAAUCAUCUUUACGAAUGUCUGUUGGUGAAAGAAAACAGUCUCUUUCACCACUAAUUAAGUUUUCUCCAGUGGAACAAAGAUUGAGGACCACAAGGCCAUGUAGUCUUGAAGAACUUCCACCUUAUUUAAAAGAAGCAGAAAUCUUGAAUAAGAGCCUUGAUGCAAAAGAAUCGCCAUCUGAGUUGAAGAAAUAA